AAAAGGGGAUUCCCGGAUUUUCAUUUUUCAUACUCUUUGAUCGAAGCAAUCGAAGAUACUAGAAAACACAAGAUAGAGUUCUCUGCAGACAAGAGGAUUAAUUGAAAGUAUUUUAUGAGUAGUAGAAGGCCCUACCUCGGAAAUCGUUCUCCUUGGUUGUUGUUGAUAAGUGUUUCUUGAGAUAAUCAACCUACUUGUGUGAUAUGUAACCAGCUCUAAAAAGAACAGUUCAUCUUCCAUAUAUUUUUUAUUAAAGAACAAUUUCAAGAACUGAUAAAUCCAUGGUUUUUGCUGAUAAGUAUUUGUUCAGGAAAUCAACAAAAUUUGUGUUACAUGUACAUGUAACUUUUGUUUUCUUUUGUUGUGAAGAAAACAGCUCAUUUUCCAUAUUUGGAAUUCUGCAACUGAUUACCCUGUGGGUGUUUUCAGAUAGGGCAGAUUCAAUACUGAAAACCACCAGUGAGAGGAAUCCUUAUGCAAUUGCAAAGCGUUUUGUAUCAUUGCUAACUGAGUGGACUCACCAAGGGUUUUAACUGAUUACAUUUUUUUUUAAAUUCUACCAAAAAAAAAAAAGUGUACAGAUUGAUCAAACAUUAUGGCAGCAAAACCAAUUCAUACAAAUGCAUCAAGAGUACGUGAAUUACUUAGUUAUGUAAAGUCAUUGGAUGAAUACUCACCACAUGACAUAAAAGAUGGUGUUAGUGUUGAUUUUUGUGAAUCACAGACAAUUGAAGGCACCACUGAUAGUGUUGAUGAAGUUGAUUCCAGCCUUGCGUCAUUGCAUAGCACUGAUGCAGUAGCAGCUACUUCAAUGGCAACAGCUAAUUGUUAUUCAGAUACAUAUCCCAAUGGACGAAAAAUCAUAAAAGAUGCCCAUGGUACUAAAUACGAUAUGUCAUCUGAAGUUGAUCGUCUGGCAACGUUUAAAAAAUGGCCAAAUGAAUCGCCUAUGAAUCCAACUACACUCGCAAAAGCUGGAUUUUUCUAUGUUGGUUCUGAUGACAUGGUAAAAUGCUUUUCCUGUAAUGGUAAAAUUAAAGACUGGGAAUUUGGUGAUUCAGCAAUUGGAGAGCAUAAAAGAUUCUUUCCAAAGUGCAAGUUUGUUCAGGGAAGAGACCAGCAGAACCAGCCCUUACUGCUGAACCUUGUAUCCUCAAAGGAAGUGAAGUCUACAGCAGAAGGAAAGUCAUCAAAAAAGGAUGAGAUGUACAACCCAAAAAAAGAUACAUUGGUAAUUGAUAAAAGUAAAAUUCCUGAUAAAUUGAAAAGUGAAUACAGACGUCUGCUGACAUUUCAAGACUGGCCACGUUCCAACCCUAUGCAGCCUCGCGCAUUGGCCAAAGCUGGUUUCUACUACACUCAGACAAGAGAUGUAGUAAAAUGUUUUGCUUGCAAUGGAGAAAUAUCAAAUUGGAAAGUUAUUGAUGUUCCUAUGACACAACACACAAUGCUGUUUCCAGAGUGUCCUUUUGUUCAGGGUGAGGAUGUUGGCAAUGAGAAACUGACCACAACAGAUGUUAUGAAUGCCCAACAUGCAGUGGUUUAUCGGGAGCCCUCAACCAAACUUCCACCAGUCCAAAAAAUUGAGUCAAAGAAUAAAAGCCAGAUAUCACAGACGGCUAAAGUGACCGAUCAGUGGUCAUCCAUUCCAAGUCAUAGUUCACGAAGGCCCCUGACUAGAGCACAGCACCCUCAGUUUGGGAAUGAAGCAGAAAGACUGAAAACUUUCAGAUAUUGGCCAAGCAGUGCACCUGAAGCAGCUCCUCUGGCAACAGCAGGAUUCUUUCACACAGGAGAAAAUGACAAUGUAAAAUGUUUUUACUGCAAUGGUGGACUAAGAAAUUGGGAGCCUUGUGAUGAUCCUUGGACAGAACAUGCCAAGUGGUUUCCAAAAUGUGAUUGGUUGAUUCAGCAACGUGGAGAACCUUUCGUUCAAUAUGUCAUCGCCAAUUUUCCUGUACAAAAUCAGAACCUGCCUUUACAGCCACCUGCACCACCUAUACCAAGCCCAGGAUUUGAUACUGUUCAAGGUACAGCUCGGCCAUCUGUUAAUCUCAAUGCACAACCACCACUAACAACUACCAACCAAACAGCCAUCAAAAAAAGAAUGGAAUCUCGAAUUGUAAAUUUCGUUAUUGAAAUGGGUUUUCCUCGGCGGAAAAUAAAGAGAAUUAUCGAGGGACAAGUAAGCAGAAAUGAAGAUGAAUUCAAUACCAUUCAGAGUCUUGUUGAUGCAUUACUUGCUGAGCCAGACGAACCUGGAGAUUAUGAGGAAGAACCACUUGAAAAUGCUACUAGUAGCACAGACCCUAAAAGUAAAAUGGCCGAUGAUGAUGAAGCAAAAGCAGCAGCUAAAACUAAGAUAAUUGAAUCAUCAAAUACUGUGACCGAAAAAAUGGCGGCAUUGAAUGUAGGUGGCUCUACACCGCAACCUAAAUCAUCAGCGUCUUCAACAUUAGAAGAAGAAGCAUCACUUCCUACUUCAAUCCAAGAUGAGCUGAGAGAACUUCGUGACAAGAGGACUUGCAAGAUCUGUAUGGACAACGAAAUCAAUGUAUUGUUUACCCCAUGUGGGCAUUUGGUGGCUUGUGAACAGUGUGCACGCUCAAUACAAAUAUGUCCUAUUUGCAGAAUACCUAUAAAAACUUGCAUCAAAACAUACCUGUCUUGAGAAUAAUAAUAAAGGCAUCAGUGUCAUUCCAGCUAAAUCAGCCAGAUUUUCCCCUGUGAACCUCCCCACUCCCCAAUGGAUUUUUAUUUUUAAAUUUCUAAAAAUAAAACUUGGUAUAAGAAAGUAUAAUACAUACUCCAAGUAUUGAAAUACACACCAUCAUACUUGGAGUUUGUAUUAUACUUUCUUAUCUGAGAUUAAUCAGUGGACCUUUCAGUUUUUGGAAAUCUUGGUAUGUCGAAAGAAAGAAUAAAAAAUUUCUUCUUCAAUUUGUAA